AUGUUUUGGACUCUGGGCUCUAUCUACGGCGCCACUGCCGUCGCCUUUGGUGCUUUUGGUGCACACGGCCUGAAGAAGAAGAUCUCAGAUCCCUCCAAGAUCGCUGCUUGGAACACUGCUGCUCAUUACCAAGUAAGAACUUUAUACAGCAUAUAUUCGAGUCAAAGUCUAACACACCANCAGCUUGUACACUCUGGCAUGAUUCUUUUGACCGCCGCUGUCGCUCCCAAGAACAAGGUCGCUGCCGGCCUCUUCGCAGCGGGUAUCACAUGCUUUAGCGGAUCCAUCUAUCUACUCACUCUUGAUCCCCAGAGAUUCAAGGCUCUGGGUCCUGUCACGCCAAUCGGAGGCCUCUUCCUUAUUGGUGGUUGGGCUGCUCUCGCAAUAGGUUCGCGUGGCAAGUUCUUGCCCAAGACUGCAUAA